UCUAUGGUCUAUAUACGUUCUAUGUUGGGAAUGGGGAUUAUUAUCAAAUUUUCUAUUGCUAUUUCAUAGUAAACACAUGAAUAAAUAAUUAUGGCAUGUAGUUCCUCGGGAAUUUUCUAUAAAAAUAAAAAUAGUGCUUUCACAAAAAUUACGUUUUUCCCCGUAGAAGAAUUUACAGUGCUGUGGUUAUAUAAAAUCGUACCAGCAUAAAGUGUGAAUACACAACAAAAAUUAAUAAAACAUUAACGAUCUUCGUAGUUAAAAUUUUACAUUUAAACAUAACCUAUAACUCUAAUGUAAAUGGGAUCAAAUAUAGCCAAGACAACGGUAUCUUUUUUACUUCCAUGGUUAAAGUUUUUCCGCCAUUAUGGUACAUAGUAUAUUAUGAUAUGAAUCGAUGAUUAGGAAGGAUUAAAAAUCCGAAAGAAAAUGUGAAGAUAGCGAGCAAUACUUGACGAGAACGUAUCGCGUUCCAUGUUCUUGUGUUAUUCGUUAAAUCUCGUAAACAAAAUGUGUGUCAUCGUCGCGAGAAGUACAUCUUAACGUCUAAGUGAAGUUAAAUAGUAUACCAAGAAUGUACGUGCGUGUAUUAGAUUGAUAAGCUGAGAAAUUCAGAAAUCCUUGUGUAAUUUCUUUUUUCGGUCGUACAUAACCUUCAAAAGUCUCUUUUACAUUACAAUAGACAAAAUACAGGUAAAAAUGUCAACGGAAUACAGUAGAAGCGUUUUGAAAAUGGCUGUUGCUCAGAUUUGCCAAACAAUCGGAUGGCACUCUAUCAAUUCCACGCCGCUGGAGUUCAUGGUCGAUCUUAUGCAAGAGUAUAUUCUACGGAUAUCAAAGCUUACGCAUCAGUAUGCAGAAAUUUUAGGGAGAACCGAAGCAAACCUUGAUGACUUAGGUUUAGCUUUCCAGCACAUGAACAUCGAUAUACAAGAGUUAACAGAGUACAUAAAAAAUGUAGAACCGGUUCCAUAUCCUAUAGCUGUGCCCAAAUUUCCAAUUCAGCGUGAGAAUCAUUUGAACUUUCUCAAACCUGGGAGUCGAGAAGUAGUGACAAGGCCUGUGCACGUACAUGAACACUUACCAGCCAUGUACCCUGACACCGAAGAAGAAUACGUAACGGAGAAACCGGAAACCUUGAUGAACGGAUCAUCCGAUUUAUCAUCGAAUGGAACAUCAGCCAAUAGUUCAAUGAACUUGUCCCCUCAAAGAAUGUCUCCACAAGUAGUUUUCAAGCGUCCAGGAGAUCCUGUCUCUUUCGAGAGUCCCAUUGUGAAGCGAGUGAAAGUAUUAGAGGAAGGUAGACCUCUGCGUGAGAUACAUAGCGUAAUGAUGACCACUUCUGGUUUUUUAUCCCCUGCUCGAGAAGGAAAGCUGCCUGAAGCGAGGACACCCCAUCAGACUCGUUCAGAUUCACCACAGCCUAGUUCCUAUCCCAUGGUGCCCCCUGAACUGAAGUAUGACAAGAAACCGAAGAAGAUUAUGAAAAAAGGAGGAUUGGAGGAUGGCAAGGUGGACAAAGAAAACAAGAAGAAGAAUCGUGCUAAAGAGUUAUUCAAACCGAACAAGGUUGAUGAUAAUAAAAUUAAGAAACUGGCAGGUAUGAAAGAAUUGGCCAAAUUGAAACCGUUGAAGCCAGGUGGAGGGAAAUCUCAGUCACCAGCUUCUUCGAGCAGGCCUUCGACUCCCAAAUUGUUAACUCCCAAGACAGCUGGAAGCCCAAAAUUAGCAAAGAAAGCAGAACCAAAGAUCAAAACAGAGAAAGUCGUCGACCUCACUGGUGGAUCUCCUCCAACAGAGAGAAAAGAAGACAAUAUUGAUAAACUUCCAUCGGAACCAGAUAAGCAGAAGCUGAAUAUAUUCAAGAAGAUCUCAAAGCCACGCGAGGAUAAAGACAAGGACAUGUCAGAGCAACACAAAUACAAAGAAUUGGAUUCGAGAGAAAGUUCACCAGGCUUGAUAAUCGAUGAGAAUAUUGAAAAGCAAGCAGUUCGCAACGAUGCUGAUGUAAAAGAAGAAAAGAAAGCUCCGCAUACUCCUGAUGUACAUUUACAGCCAGAUGGAGGAGAGUUGAUCGACUUGCAGAGUCCAGGAUCAGACGUUUACAUGUUCGAUGAUAUGUCUCCUCCGGGAACACCCAGUACGCCAAAGACUCCUGAGUUAAACAUGCCUACUACACCUACGGACCACAAAAAGAAACGAAAAGAGAAGAUAAGUAAGAAGAAGGAAGUCAAAUCAAGAAGUCCAAAGCACUGCAGCAGCCCCAAAAAGACCAAGCUUUCCAACGAUGUGGUAGAGUUGGAUACAAUGGACCGACCCAAGACUCCACAGGCCCCUGAACCCCAGUUUUCAAAGGAACCAAGUUUUCCGCCAACACUUCCAUUCCCUUUCUUCUCAACAUUUCCCCCUGCGCCUGGUUUGAUACCACACCCCAUGUUCCCCAGGUUCCCGAUGCCUAUUGGCAGAGGUGGUCCUGGCCCACACCCAGCGAUGCCAAACUUACCUCUGCCACCACGCUUCUUAAAUCUCCCUGUGAAGUCUGAGGACUUCGCUAUGAAAAGCAAACCUCUUGAUAAGUCUCUGACGAUGACAUCCAAUGAGACAAUGUCCUCAGUGGUGAAGCACGAGAAGUUUGAGAAGGAGAAGGAGGACAAAGUGAAGACAGUUAAACAGGAUAAGGAGAUUGUUGCACCAGUUCCUGCGGGUGCUGUGCCACCACUUUUAGCAUCUGUACUCGCAGCACCUAUUACAUACCCUACGUCACUGCCUAUUGUACCAUUGUUACCUUCAAAGUCUCUCAAAGUAGAGAAACUGGAUAAAAAUGAUAAGAAAUCUAAGGAACACAAGAAAGAAAAGAAGGACAAAAUAAAGAAGAAAAAGGAUAAGAAAGAAAAGCAUAAAGAGAAAGGAGAGAAGAUAAAGGAAAAGAAAGACAAAAUGGACAAGAAGGAGAAGAUAGAAAAAGUUAAGGAGAAGAAAGAAAAAAAAGACAAACGAAAAGAAAAAGAGUUACAGAAAGAAGAAAAAAGUUCAGAAGCUGUGCCAAAAAUAACGUUAAAGUUAGGAACAGCUUCUCCAAGGCCACCAACGCCUGACACUGGACCAAUGAAAAAAAUAACAAUAAAGACAUUGCUGAAGAAGCCUGAAGAAGAGAUGAAACGCGAACCAAGUCCAGAAUUAGCGAAAAUCUCGGCGUUAGUAACGCGACCGCCAAAGCAAAAGUCGGCAAGUAAGAAAACAGAGGAGGGAACAUUAGAUGGAAGCCCUGCUCUUCCUACAGAUACUUUCUCUGCUAAUCUUACUAGUGUGCCACUUGCAACAAUUCCUCGAGCAAAGAAAUCUCUCUUCAAAGCCUUACCUCAAAGGGAGACCCCUCCAGCUCACUUUGAUCCUCUCCCAAAGCUCCAAACUCCCUUGACGCAACAACAACAACCAUCAUAUUAUUUUAGACGAAAGCAGAUGCAGCUCUUAAAAAGGAUGACGCUAAAGAAGACAAAGAAAAUGGCAGGGUCGUGCUGCCUACAACGCCAACCACUACUGUGGAACAAGGUGGUCGCGAGAUUUGGAUAUGUCCUGCUUGUGGGAACCAGGAUGAUGGAUCACCCAUGGUUGGUUGCGAUGAUUGUGACGCAUGGUAUCAUUGGGUGUGCGUUGGCAUGCAAGUGCCACCAGCAGACAACGAGGACUGGUAUUGUCGCUUUUGCAUAGCCAAGAAGCAAGAGCUUCACCACGACAAGAAGAAGAAGAAGAGGAAGAAAAAAGUGAAAGUUUCAGCCUAGUAUAAGCUGCCCGGGUCUUGUGUAAGACCCGGCCAAGCGAUUCAAACUUCUACCAAAGUUAAGAAGAACAGCAAAUUUAGCGUAAGGAGCAUGAACAGCAAAAAGCUAUCGAAAGCUGACGUAAAGUUACAAAUGAAGUCGUUGAAGGAGAAAACUAUCCCUGUGAAGGGGAAGGCUGGGAAGACUAUUAUGAAAGUUAAGACUUCGAAGAAGAAGAGUAAAAAGAUGAAAGAUAGUGCAAUCCAAUUGACUUAAAGUGUUAUUGCGAAUACAAAGGAUCUAAUUUUAACAUGUUGAUUGCUAAGAAAAGGAGUUCUUCAGGAGCUCUUUAGAAUAAUCGUUUUCGCUAAUAUAUUAUGUAAAAUUUAUAUUAAAUUUUCAUGGUAACUUGGUGAACACUGGACCAUGGCUAUCUCAAAAUUAAAAUUGCUGUUGCAAUUUCAACUUUUCUAUUAUUUUGUAAAAGUGUAAAAAAAGUCCUUGUAAUUAAUAAUACAGUUCUAUAUAUAUUGAGUAUUCUUCCAGUUCUGUUUAUAUGUUUUAUAGCUAGAACUGAACUGUAUCUUGGAAAGUUAUUAACACAUUAAGAUAUUUUUCAAUUUCUCAACUAAAAAACAUUUAGUAUUCAAAUUUUGUAUGAAAACUUGUUAAUAUAUAAUGUAAACGUUGUCUUGAAUAUGCAUAUAAUCAAACAUUUAAUACUUUGAUCAAAUUCGAGAAAUAUUCCAACAAAAUAUAAAUUCCUGUCCCAACUUGUUUGUACAGAAUUACUUCAGUUGAUUGUUUACAAACAAUAAAAUUUAACGAAUUUCCAAAAGAAUAACAUAAUGAACAAUAAUUUUAUAUUCUUUUAUAGGAGAAUACUAACAAACAUGUAUUGUACCAAAAAAAAUUUUAAUUUACAAAUUUCUAAAAAGAAUACUCUGGCAUGCAAAGUACUAUCCGUAAUUUUUAUAUCUUCGAAAAUCCAUUUAUAUCAGAACAAUCUUAAAAAUACAAGCAUUAGUGGCAAUGACUCCUGCAUAGCUGUCAACGUGUUAAAAGUAAUGUAAAAUUAGGAAAUAUAUUGUAUACAAAUUCUAUUUUUCCUUUUAUUAGGAAACUGCUGAGUAAUCAUGAGUUAUGUACAUUUCUCAUAUUUUUAAUGUGUCAAGGGUAAUCUGAUGGGUAUCGAUCAUUGCUGAUGUUGAUUGUAGACAAAUUAGAUUGCUUCGCACUUGUAAUGGUAAAGUUGUAAUGACUUUUCAGUUUUCUCUAUUUUUCUAACGAACCUUUUAAAAUUGCUAAUCACCAGAACAUUUAAUUUAUUUUCAAUUGUUUCCAGACUCUUGGCGCAUGUUUUACAUUGUGAAACAUACGUUUUCGUGUAAAAUACCAACUUACCACAUUGAAACUAGUACAGGGACAGAUCUAUUUGCUUGAUUGACAAUAAGUAUUGGUAAUUGAAGGGGGAAUACUGUGAAAUUUAUUUAUUACUUGCAAUUUAGAUUGUGAUUCAAUUAUUGUGCAUGAUAAAAAUAUUAAAAAAGGUAUAAGUAUAAUACAUUUAAGAACAAUUGUAUUCAGUCUGACAAUAUUAAGAAUCCACCUAAUCAUUUGAGUUUCAAUGUGAUAAGAAUGAACAUUUUUAUUUGGAAGGUAAAAGUAAAAUUUAACGAUUAUAGUAAUUAUUUAUUGAAUUGUACAUAUAGAAGUUUCUUCAAUUUUUUUUUUCUUGGUCAUUAGCGACUCUGAAUUUUUAUGUGUAAUAAAUAAAUAUUUUCUCACAUGUAAGGAGAAAUUAUAUUAUAUUAUAAUUUUUCUCUACAAAUUAAGUGCUUGAACAAAUUAAAUACUAUGAGUUUAUGAAGAAUAAUUUUAAUUAGGAAAAUUUAACAGUUGCAUCGAUUAUUUAUUGAUUUUGGUAUAGCUUCUUUAAAUUUCAAUGUACAAAUAAUUCUCUGCAAAUGUAAAUAGAGAAAAAUUAUAUAAUUCAAUUAAUUAAUAAUAUAAUUUAUUUAUAAUAUAAUUUGCUCUACUUACACGUUACGCGCUUGGAUAAAUUGAAACCUGUAAGCUUUUAAACAAUAAGUCUAAUACUUGUCAGGGUUGGUUUUCGUAUAACUUGGAAAAGAUAUAAAUAGUAAUAUAUUAAUUGGAUAGUGUUACACAUAAUUUUACCUAGCAUCAAUGAAAAAAGAAAAGUUACAUAUAAUGAACAUUAUAUUUUAUAGUUUUGUAACAAAUCUCUAUUAAACGUAAAUCAGUAGUAAAAUUAUAAUUACUAUCUGGUGGUGAAAUAUUCAUAACAAAACGAAAAGAUGUAUAUUAACAGAAUUUUGCAGUUUAUUAAGCCACAUGAAGACUGUUGGCAGACUGUCUUUAGUAGAAAUUAAUUUUGUUAUUGAAAGCUAAAAAUUAUUAAAGAAAUGAAUGCAAGUGAAUCUUUCUCGCAUAGUAUUUAAACAUAUGCAGCACGAAACACUUAACUUGACAACCUUCUAAAUUAUUUAUUGUAUAAAUAAAUGUUUUGUACAUAAUUUGCAUGAUUCCAAAAGGCAUACGUUACUAUACUUAUCUAUCUUGCUUUACAAUUAUAUAGAAAUUACUGUACUGGAAAACUUGAAUGUUGAUUCAUAUUUGAUGAACUCAAAGGCAAGUAAUUGUUUUAUGCGAUUCUUGGUUUAAGAGUUAUUCAAAGUGGUGAUAAGUACCCUGUUCUGUAUGAUAUUAACUAGAUAAUUAUUUGUAUCGUAUGUACUAUAGAAAUGAGACUUAAAAAAUCUAAAUAAAGAAUGUUACAUGUUUAAUGAACUAUGCAAAAGAAUUAAAGGGUUCGAUAACCCUCUGCGGUUCAGAUGUUCUAAUUCAAUACUAUUGUCAAGCCACAUCCUACAUAGGACCGCAGGGUGCUGAGGGUUGAGUUAUUUUUAGUACCAUGUAUGUAUUGUACAUAUUCAAACUGUAUGCAAUUUUGAGGAUUACAAUGCGAAACUAUAAAUAUAUGAGAAAAUAAAAUUACAUAGACGUAUAAAUAAUAUGUAAUAUCACGAAUUGUUAUUAAAAUAUACAUUUUGUACAAUAAGAAGAUUCAGUGGGAAAUGAUCUUUAAUAUUUCAGAUUUUUUUUGUAAGGAGUGCCUUUUUGUUUGUAUUAUUAAUAAAGUUUUUUUUUCAA